AUGCUGGCCGAAACUAGGGUCAACCUACCAAUCUGGAAUAAUCUUUCAGAGAGAGCACGUACCUCAGAUCUUAAAUUCCAGAAGGUGCAAAAAUCCCUUAUUAAGGGUACAACUGCAGUGGUCCAGGUUGUAAAUGACCUGAUCAGCAAGCCAGAUAUGCCAUCAAAGGGUCAACUAGUUAACCAACUCAUGGAUGGUGUUCUGUUGAUGGCUAAUUCUAACACAGAGUUAAAUCUGAGGCGUAGGGAGGCUCUAAAACCGGAACUUCACAAAAGCUACCGCUAUCUUUGUGCUCCCUCAAACCCAAUAACAACUGAGCUUUUUGGAGAUGAUCUACCCAAGGCGGUAAAAGACAUUACUGAUACCAACCGAAUCACUUCCAAGCUUAGUAGAGAAACUAAGCAGAGCUUCAAAAGAUCACGAAGUGAUGGUCACUCAGACAGAUACCAAGGCAAAUACAGGAAUAAUAAUUAUUAUUCUGGGCUGUCAAAAAACUACCGCCGCCCCCUCUUCAGCAAGAAGGAGGGGGGGAGGAAGGCUGCUCAGAAGAACCACAACUAAUUCAUGACCAAAAUGUUGAGGUAAGGGACAAAGAGUUGCAAAUUGCUGGCAGGCUUAAAUACUUUCUCUCUGCCUGGAUGGAAAUUACAUCAGACAGAAAAAUUCUUGACAUGGUUGAACACUGUCAUCUUGAGUUUACUGAACACCCCUAUCAACAAUAUCCUAAGCCUCCAGUCAGAUUUAACUCUGAAGAGGCUGCUCUUAUUGAUGGUGAAUACAGCAAUUGCUUAAAAAAGGGGUUCUUGAGGAGACUGACCCUAGUUAUGGUCAGUAUGUCUCUACAAUUUUUCUCAGAAAAAAGAAAAAUGGUUCUUACAGACUGAUCUUGAAUCUAAAAGAACUGAAUGCAUCCAUAGAGUAUCAACAUUUUAAAAUGGAAAGCCUAACAUGUGCUAUCCAGUUAAUGAAGAAAAACUGUUAUAUGGCUUCUAUAGACCUAACAGAUGCAUAUUACACUGUUCCUGUGGCUGUUGAGCACAGGAUAUAUUUAAGGUUUUUCUGGAGAAAUAGGCUGUUUCAGUACACAUGUCUCCAUAACGGCCCAGCAUCUGCACCAAGAUACUUUACAAAACUAUUGAAACCAGUGUAUAGCACAUUGCGUAGCCAAGGCUACUUAAAUGUUGGCUAUAUAGAUGACUCAUAUUUACAGGGGGACUCAAAGACAGACUGCAGAAGUAAUAUUCUUACUACCCUAACCCUAUUUGAGUCUCUAGGAUUCCUGGUCAAUCAUGAAAAGUCAGUGUUGCAACCAUGUCAGAAAUUGGCAUUUCUUGGUUUUCUUUUAGAUUCUGUCAACAUGAAAGUUUUUCUUACGGCAGAAAAAACCGAGAAAAUAAUUUUGGCAUGCCAACAACUGCUAAAGAAAAGUAUAAUUUCUAUAAGAGAAGUUGCCCAGGUCAUUGGACUUCUGGUCUCUAGUUUGCCUGCUGUACAGUAUGGACCCCUUUUUUACAGGAGUCUUGAAAUUGACAAAAAUACAGCUUUGCAACAAAAUAAUGGCAACUAUGAAGCUAAUAUGACCCUCUCGUCAGAAUCUAUCAGUGAGCUUCGCUGGUGGGUGACUAACCUACCUACAGCAUGCAAAAGUAUCACCAUGGACAACCCAGAUAUAGAAAUGGCAACAGAUGCAUCGAAAUUAGGCUGGGGGGCGGUAUGCAAUGGACAAAGUGCCCAAGGCAUGUGGUCCCCAUUUGAAAAACAAAAGCACAUUAAUGAACUUGAAUUAUUAGCAGUCUAUUUUGGUUUGAAAUCCUUCCAGCCCUUAUUAAAAGGAAAGCAUGUGUGCAUUAAAACUGACAAUUCUACAACUGUCUGCUAUCUUAAUGCAAUGGGGGGCACUAAAUCCCCUCCGUGUAACAAACUUGCUAAAAGUGUUUGGAUGUACUGUAUGAAAAAUGAUAUCUGGCUGACUGCAUGCCAUUUGCCAGGUGUCCUUAAUACUAAGGCAGACAUAAGCUCCAGACAAUUUAAUGAGAGAACUGAGUGGCAGCUUCAACCAGAUAUAUUCUGUAAGAUUACUGACAUACUGGGUACUCCUGAGAUUGAUCUGUUUGCAUGCAGACUUAACAACCAGCUUCCAAAAUAUGUUUCUUGGAAGCCUGACCCUGGAGCCUGCCACGUAGAUGCCUUCUCGUUUUCCUGGAGUGGACAGUUUGUUUACAUUUUUCCUCCCUUUUCUCUGCUUAACAGAUGUCUGCAGAAAUUAGAGAAGGAUCAGACUUUAGCACUGUUGGUGGCUCCUGUGUGGCCCACACAGGUUUGGUGACCCCGGCUACUAAGCCUUCUUGUGGCAAAUCCAUUAAUGCUCCCACAAGACAAGGACCUCCUCACCCUACUACAGUCGGGGACUCUACAUCCUCUGAGAAAGCACAUGAGACUGAUGGCAUGUCUCUUGUCCGGCAGUACUAUGAAACAAGAGGAGUAUCGAAGUCAGCUGUUGGAUUGCUCAUGGCAUCCUGGCGGGGGGGCACUAAGAAACAGUACUCCGUGUACAUCAAGAAAUGGACAGCAUUUUGUCUCCAGAGGAAAGUCGAUCAUCUUCAACCACCUGUAGGAGCAGUCUUGGAUUUCCUUUCUGAACUUUUUGACCAAGGACUUACUUACAGUGCUAUCAACUGUGCUAGAAGUGCAUUGUCUUCUUAUGUGUCAUUGGAUGAUGGCUCUGUAGUUGGACAGAACCCGCUAGUUUGUCGCCUGUUGAAAGGUGUUUUCCAGUCAAGACCACCCAAGCCCAAAUAUACAGAGGUUUGGGAUGUCCAAGUGGUCUUAACAUACCUGGCUACACUUCAUCCUGUUGAAUCGUUGACACUUAAACAGCUUACAUUGAAACUUGUUAUGUUGUUGUUGUUAGUAUCAGGCCAACGAGGCCAGACUAUUCACUUGUUAGACAUAAAUCAUAUGUUUGUGAAUGAUGCCAAAUACACAUUUGUCAUCCCUAGCCACCUAAAACAAAGCAAACCAGGGGUACCUAACCCUCAGGUUGUUCUGGAAUCAUUUGAACGACCCUCUAUUUGUGUUGUUACUACGCUUACGGAAUACCUUGUAAGAACUAAAGUAUUGAGACCUAGCGGCCAGUCACAGCUGUUGAUAAGUUACGUUAAACCUUAUAAGCCCGUAAGCAGGGAUACAGUCAUUAGGUGGGUGCGAUACACUAUGGCUUUAGCUGGUAUUGAUGUAACAAAAUAUUCAGCUCAUAGUACAAGGGCUGCAUCUGUUUCAGCAGCAAGCAGGGCUUCUGUAAAUCUUGAUGACAUUCUCCAAACUGCAGGGUGGUCAUCUGAAUGCUGCUUUGCUCGU